AUGAAGAAAGAACAUCAUUCUGCCAAAACCAUAUGUUUCCAGUUCAUGCAUAUCACACUAUGCAAUUUGAAGAAAUCUUGGCAUUAUGAGAUAAUAUAUCAAGUUUCUGGGAGAAGGCGUUUGAAUUGUCUAUUCAUGGAAUCUGGAAAUUGUUCUCCAAAACAAGAGUUUAUGAUACGUUGAUGAUGUAUGGAGGAGAAAUCUGUGUCUACGACAUGAUAAGUUUCUUUGAAGUUUUUGUGAGAUCUUUCCAAGCUGUCAUUAUCAAAUUUAUUACAUCAUGUCAUAUGAUAAGUAAACCUCCAAUAAUAUUUGAAACUCCUUGAUUAUUUAAUCAGAGCUCAUUCUUCAUGCUGGCAUGAAAAAUCAACCGAGCAUAUUUCUUUCUGACGUUCUAUAAUAUUGUUCAUGGAAUUGCCUGUUAAAUAGCCGCACUACCAUUCUGCAUUGUUGCCAACACGAUUUGCCACCAUGCAUCAAACGGAAACAGAUAAGAGCAACGUAUUCACAAUGCUAUUGCAAGAAGUUAGUCCAGGGUUCUUGCGUCACUCAUUCCAUUGAUCACGUUUUCUAGUACAUCCAGUUUUGUCUGCUCAUUAGCUGUGUCAUCACUCUAUUGGCAUUAACCUGAUCGAUUGGAUGGCUGCAGGAGGAUUUUGCAACAGGAUUUUGACAUGAGUCUUGCUUUCUGCAAUCAUGAGAAGAAACAAAGGAGUGAUGUAUGGUUCUUCUCUUCUGUUUCAUCCUUAUUUGAACUAUCUCCAUAUUUUGUCAGGCUUUCAGGAUCCAAUUUUAUGCGCAUGCAGAUCAUAUCUUUAUCUUGAUUCAUAUGCACCGUAUGGCCAUCUUGGUAGGUGUUUGCCCAUAUGGAUCUUGUUUUAGGCAAACGACCAUGGAUCUUUCAUCCCAUGCCACACAUCCUACCUCUACUGAUGCAGCCCUAAAGUGGGAUGGGGCAUUUACCUGGUGCAUUGGCAUUUCUUUCUGAAAGAGUAGUGUGCUUAUGUGUGCUUGCUUAAGGAGAACUUGUGCUCAAGGAUAGCCUUUCAUGGGAGUUCAUCAGGAACUGAUCUGCUGCAGGAUGCUGGUUCACAGGCACCGUCUGCGGGCAAGCAGCUCUCCCGAAAGAUGUCCCUAGACUCACCAAGCUCGACGGACUCGAAGAGCAUGGAGGCGUCUACCAGCAUGUCUGCCGACAUCAAUUCCGGGGUCAACAGUUCCUCCAAACCCACAGAGGUCGGCGAUCCGCUCGACACACGGCGGAGAGCGCCAUUUUCUGGCGCCAUACUGCAAUUGCUUACCAAUGUGCAAUAUGCUGCUGCAGGCAGUGGACUUUGACAGGCAGCCGUCGGUUGCAUCGUCGACGCUGGUGGAGCUGACGGCACGGCUCGACUUCUUCAAGGAGCGGAGAUCUCAGCUCAUGAAGCAGCUCCACAGUCUUGACUUGAGCCAUGGGGGGGCAUCCUCCCAGGGGCUGAGGUUCAAAGCAUCGCCGCCGUGGGCCAGCCCGCGAUGA